AUGGCAGCACUCGCAGAACUCAACAGACCACCGCCCUUCACCCGCCCAAACCCCAAAGUCGCACACGCUGGACUCGACGACGGAGAGGAGGACUGGGCUGCGCUCGAGGCGGCGGCGCAGGCAGAGAUGAUGGACGACGAGGGAGAGGACGUCGAUAUGGAUGUGCUGAGGGAGAUCGAAGCGCAGGAGAGGGAGCAGCAGCAGCGAAAGGGACGCGACGAGGAGGACAACCGGAGAGCAGAGGCGAGUAUGGGUAAAGGCGCGACGGGGAGGAUGCUGCUCGAGGAGGACGACGACUUUGGAGCGUUUGCGGACGAGCCAGAGCGCGACGAGCGACCGAGUACGGAGGCGUCGUCGUUCACGACCGCAAAAGACACAGCUUCUACCUCCUACGCAUCUACCUUGAAAGCCGCCCUCUCCCGCUCGCACAACCACGACUACCUCUCAGCCUACGGAUCCGUCUCGAACCUCAACAUGUCCGUCCUCCCGCCCGGCUACAUCGAGGCGGCACCUAUCCAAGCGACGAGGCUCGACGGAUCGAAGGUCGUGUUGAAGAGGCGGAAGAGGCUGGAGGGAUGGAAGGGCGUUGGAGCGGGUGCGACGUCGAACAAGAAGGAGGAGCUCGCCGCCCUCGAACAACUCGCCUCCAGCAUGCUCGAGAAACCUUACCACCAGCUCCUGCGCGAGAUCGAACACGACGCCACGAUGGCGAAGAAGCAGCGCGAAGCCGAUGCUACCAACGCCGCCCUCCUCGCUUCCUCGCCAUCGAAGACUUCCCGCGCCGCCGCUACGCCUGUCGAGACCGCUCUCUGGACCGACCGGUACAGGCCGAAACGGUUUGUCGACUUGCUGGGAGACGAGCGCGUCCACCGCACCGCCCUCCUCUGGCUCAAAGAAUGGGACGCCUGCGUCUCCAAAGGCACCUCGAAGGCGACUGCUGCGGCCGAGCUGAAGCGCGAGAGGAGCAAGAAGAGGGCGAGGGAGGGGACUUUCGGUGCGGGAGGAGCGGAGGGAGGAGGGUUUGAGGAGGCGGCUCCUGACCCGUACGGACGGCCGCAAGAAAAGAUCCUUCUCCUCUCCGGCCCGCCAGGACUCGGCAAAACCACCCUCGCGCACGUCCUAGCCCGACAAGCAGGCUACCAAGUCCUCGAAAUCAACGCUUCGGACGACCGGACCUCGCGCAUCGUCGAUGAGCGGAUCCGGAAUGCGGUCGAUUCGCAGGCGUUGACGAGUGGGUGGAAGCCGGGACGAGGGGGAGCGGGCGGGAAGGGGAAGGAGAGGGAGAGGGAGGAGGGAGCGGUGAGGCCUACGUGUGUCGUGGUGGAUGAGAUUGAUGGCGCGGGAGGCGGAGGAGAUACGAGCUUCGUCAAGACGCUCGUUAAGCUCGUCACGGAGGGCUCGUUGCUGAAGAAGCCGUCGAGAAAGGGCAAGGGGAAGCAGCAACGACCGCUUCUCCGACCGAUAAUUUGCAUCUGCAACGACCUCUCUGCCGGGCCGACAAAGACGGCGAGCGAGAUCCUCUCCGCCUACAAGACAAACCCGGCGAAGGCUGCGGCGCCCGUAGCACCUGAGACGAAGCAGGCUGUCGACUUCUUCGGGCGCGCGAUCCUCCCGAAGGCAUGCUCUCCCGCAGCAGAAGGCGACUCGCUCGCCAUCGCGCCUCCUCCGCCAAAGCGCGUCCGACAGGCGACGUACCGCUUCAACGAGGGUUUCUCGAACGCCGUGCGCGUCAACAAGAAGGUCUCCGACUUCUAG